AUGUCAAUAAGUGGAGUGAAAAUCAUAAAUGACUCAGGACAAGAAUUGUUCGCUUUGAGAGAAUCGGGAUCCAUUGUCAACUUUGGUCGCGAUAAAAAAGUAUGUCACAUCACGUUCGAUCCUCAUGCUGCCCGCGUAUCGCGAGUUCAUGCAAGUAUUGAAUGGACUAAUGAGGAUUUGUUCUUGAUCGAUAAAAGCAAGGAAGGUACAUUAGUUAAUGGAAAACGUGUAAAACAGUCGAAAGAGAAACUUGUUCCUGGAACUUACCAUCUUGAAAUUGGUGGAAUUCCCAUGAGUGUCGAAGUCGAAGAAGAAGAAUUGGAAGAAACUGUUCUGGAGUCGGAUACAAGUGAAAUUACUGAACCGGUCGACAUCCAACCAACUAUCACGAUCGCCCCUGGAAAUAUCAAAAAAUCUACUUCAGUUUCCAGAGAGUCGGACGACGAUUUUGAUGACGUUUCUUCAAUCACUACUUUCAAUGUUUCAAAAUACAAGCAUUCCCUUAAGCGAAAAUCAGAUGCAACUUUGUUCGACGAUUCUCAGCCACGUGGUAAGAGAGGACCAGUUGCUCCGAAGCCGAUCAAUUUUGACGAUGAGAUGGAAAACCAUGGAAAGAAAGGCACGAGAGCGCGUAAAGCUGAUGAAAGCGUUGUUUUUGAGGACGAAACUCCUGCGAAAAAGAGCAAAACAGUUGAAAAUAAACCUGCUCCCUUUUCUUCACAACAACUCAUGAAAAAACCCAAGGUGGAGUGCGACGAAGAAAUGGAAUCAAUUGUAGAUAAAGUGGCAGCUAUUCCUUCUGUCAGCCAGGAGUCGAAUAUAGAACAAUUAGAAGAUUUGAAUCACAGCGAAAUGCAUUUUGAUCGAGGACCAGCAGCGCCAAACGAGACUAUCAAAUACGCGAACUUGAUUUUCCAUCAACCUGAUCAUAGCAGAAAUGUAACAAUCAGAAACGAUCCUAGUGUACCAAACUUCAAGCGAUUCAUUCCAAAAGGCAUGAGGGGAGAUGGACGUACUUCAGCCGCUUCCAUGUACAGCAACAACACCUCAUACAAUACCACCAUUCAGAUGGUUGAUGCUCGGAAAUUACAUUAA